AUGUCAACCACAACUGGAGACAGGGCUCGUGUGAAUUUUAUCGUGGACGCCCUCGCCCCAGCACUUCGAGACGAGUUUGACUUCAAGGCAAAUCAGAAAACCUUAAACCAUCUCAUUCGACGAACCCAGUGCGUAGCCCUGGACAACCCCACAGAAGGGGGCAUUACAUCACUCGAAACUGAGCCGACAAACCCUGUCGUGGAGGGCAUCCCAGGGAAGUGCGGAACCUCUCCAGUGGUGGAAAUUCAAGUUCGAAGCGAGUGGGUGCACCCCAUCAGCUGGAAGUGCCCGCGCUGUAGGGCCGAAUGGGUUGCGCGUAUCGUCGACCGCGUAAAUCCGCAAACAAGAGAAUUAACGAGCUGUCCAAGGUGCCAAGCCACACAUACUGCCCAGGCAGCGUCAUCGGUCGCACAAUUUAUACGCAAAUAUCAAAAUUCCAAAACCAAUUCCCCUGACGAUGAGUGUGUCAAUGCAAACCCCCGAAUGGGCGAAAGGCAUCCCAAUAUAAAGACUCCAGCAGGGUCAAACUCCUCACCUGCCUCCCUUCUUAUAGAACAAUACCCUAUGAUUGCAUCCCAGUGGGAUUUUGAGCGAAAUUCUCUCUAUCAAAACUGCGUUUUACAACCGCUCCAACAUGUUCGCACCAGCUCCUCCAUGGUGGUGUGGUUUAUCUGCUCGCUGUGCGCACGAUCGUGGCGCGAGUCAAUCAGCAGUCGGGUGGCGCGUUAUGAAAAUUCCCUUCAAACCACCCACAGUAAAGACCCUAGUGAGGUGAUUCCGCUCUGCCCUUCCUGCGAGCAGCGGGGUGCGGGAAGGCGCUUUCAACACCGCCGCCCUCACGGGCCUUCUUUGACCUCUAACAACAACAAUGCAGUGGGGGCGAAGACGUUGCCCAAGUGUUUUCUUUCACAGGAUAUGCUUUUGAUGGCGGAAGUCUGUCUUCGGCGCGAUCAAGACCCAAGCGCGAUCCCGCUGAGUAGCGAGCAGGUCCUUUCCUGGAGCUGCCGCUACUGCGGCUAUAAAUACCAAAGCAGCCUGAGGAAUCGUAUUGCAUGCCAUGAAAGGUGCCCACAGUGCAGUGGCAAGGUGUGCACACCCAUGAAUUCGCUCACUAUUCAACGACCAGACGUGAUGAGGGAGGCCGCCAAGACCAUCAGUCGAACCAAGUUAAUGAAACUAACCGUGUUCUCGGAGCAGGAGAUUCCAUUUGUCUGUCGCAUUUGCUUUUCUCCGUACCGCAUGACCGCUAAGGCGCGUUGUAUGAUACCUAAAAAUGGUAUCGCAUGCCAGAAGUGUCUCCUGACAUUUUCACAAACUGCACAGGCCACGGCAAAAGACGCAUCACACCCGCAUAAGCUAACGGUAAAAGAAAGACGUAAACUCAGGGAUAAAGCAUACCGUUUGUGUUUGAGCAAUCGUAGCAAUGAGAAACUAAAAGCAACGCAGAACGAAAUUGAAAAAAAGGAUCACAUACUAAUAAAUUAA